UCAUCAUCAUGGAAAAGAUCAAUGGCGAUUCACAUACACAGGAUUUCAGCCUCUCCUUCACAUUAAAUUCCGAGAUUGCUUCUCCUUCGCUUUCACUUCUCUCUGAGCUUCCGCAUAUAAGGAACUGGUUCUCAAGUUACAGGUCUGAUUACUCGCAGAAAGAUUCUAAUGGCGAAGAUUUUUGGGGUUCUUUAUCUGAAACUGCCGAUCAAAAAGAGGAAAAAGAAAGGAGCAAAGACCUUGACUUGGACAAAUGUGAAAACCCUAAACUAAUUGGCGCUCCCAUUUAUGAUGGAAAGGGCUGUGGGGCAGAAGAGAAGGGUGGGUUUGAUUUGGUGAAAGAAUGUGAAGGCCCCCAAAAAGGAGGAGAUUUCCUUUUUGGUGAGAAGAUUAGGGGAAACAAAGAGAAUCUUGGUUUUGAUUUGGGGAAAUUUGUGGUCUCUGCUAAAUCUAGAGGUGCUUCUAUCUUUAGCAAAAGGAAUUGGGAUGAAAUGAUGAAGAAUCAUUCAGUACAGGAAAACCAACUUGAUGAUAAUUUUGAAACCGUUUCUUCUUCGAAGAACUUGCUUGAUGAAGGCAAAAACAUAGAGAACAAGAAAUUUCUGGAAGGCAAUUUUAAUCUAAAGGGCGGAAAAUGUGGGGAAAAGGAUUUCAAUUCAUCAGAAAAAGCUGACAAAUCAGUCGAUUAUUUGAGAAAAGAACUUUCAAAGAGAGAAUUAAGAGGAAAAAUUUUUAUUGAGAAAGGUGAAAAUCAGAUCCAAUCUUUUAGAGAUCAUUAUAUUUCUACUCCAAACGAUGAGGCAAAAUCAAACCAAGUUCAGAAGAGCUAUGAUGGAGACAAUGACUUUAUUUCAACAAAAAAUGGCAAAUUUGGAACCCAUAUGCAAAAAGGACUUAUUUUGUCAGAAAAUGGUGAAAAUUUGAGCAACUCUUCGAGAGAAGAAGAUCAUUUUUCGACAAAAGAUUUGGUUGAAUCAAGCCAAAUAGCGAAGAGUCAUGGGAGAGAAAAUGAUUUCAUUUCACCAAAAUUUGGGAAAAAGGCAAACCUUGAGGAAAAGGAAUUUGUUUUGUCAAAAGAUAAUGAAAAUAUGAGCCUAGUGAAGGAGGAAGUUGUGAAUAUAAAUGCUUUUAUAUCAUCAAAAAAUGACAAAAAUAGGAGCAAUUGCAUGCAAAAGGAUAAGAUUUUGUCGAAAGAUGAAGAAAGCAAAGGCCCAAGAGAAUGUCUGAGAAAAGAAUGCUUUGCUUCGAUGAAAAAGGGUGAAAAUCUCGGCCUCCGCUUGAGAAAAGAAAAUUUUGUUUUAUGUGAGAAUACUAAUAAAUCAACCCCAAAGGGGAAAUCAUCUCUAAUUUUGGAAAAUCCCGGGAAAGAGAAUGUUAAUGGAGAAAAUUUGAUGGAAAAGGAUUUAAGCUUAAUGCAAAAUAACAGAAAUUCAAGAGAAAUUGCUGAAAAAUCUCCUGAUAUUGCUGGAAAAUGGCAAUGUCCUCGAAAAAAUAAGAAAUUAAAUGGACCACCAUUGAAGCAGCUUCAUUUGGAGAAAUGGGUUCACAGGAUACAGAGCAACCAUAGAUGCCCAUAGCACAUCUUGCUACAAUGUCUAUUGUAUUCUGUAAAAGUAUUGCCUUCUGUAUUCUUUAUAUUGCAGCAGUUAUGAACUGUUUAUUGGGAUCGUAUCAAUGAAUCUUUUAGCUUUGCACAAAAGUCACAAACAUCCCAAGCCUUUUGAUCUUAAAUCGGACGGCACGAGUGUGUCAUUCAUAUGCACAAAAGUCUUCUUUUGUGCAGAGGAACUGUAUCCAAACCAAUUUUGGGUUUAUUUGGUUUUAGGCUUCUUUUAGUUUUGAUCUCUUAAUUAUUCUUUUUAAAAUUUCGGUAGGGUUUUUCCUUCUUAUUUUCAUAUUUUAUUUAGCUUAUCUUGCCAUUUAAUGAUGUUGUUUCAUUUGCAAGGUAUUCCUUGUUGUUGGUCUUUCUAUCACACCAAUUAGAGUAAUUGGUUAGGAAAUUGAGAAACAGUAAUCCAAAGAUUCAGUGACAGGCAAUUCUUAAAAAAAGGAUCUUUGAUUUUUCUUAUUAGAAGAAAUUUAUGUUCAUUAACAAGAUCAUGUUCAUCAAAAAAUGGUCCUGUAAUGAGAGUUUUCAUAAUGAGCCUCUAUCAUGUUGGAAAUUUUGAAAAUAUUGACAUGCUUCUCUUUGUGUUAAUUGUCUUUCUCUAUUGGCAAUUAAUAGUGAGAUUAUGGUUCUUAGUUGGAGGCUAUCUGGUGUGGACCUUGAGAAUUUUGUUUUGUUUUUUUCCAAAACAUAUCUUCACAUGCUUCAAAGAGUAGUUUGAUAUAUAUUUUUUCUUUGAUCAUAGCUGGCUCGGUGAUUAUUUCUCUUUGCCCCAAUUGGUUUUGAUGUCUAUUUGCUUUCCCUAGUUGACGUCUUGAUGUGCUCUUAUAAUUUUUCCCAGUAGAUAAUCAGUGGAUGAGUAACUGAUUUUUUAGAAAUGUCUUGGCUGUAUUCCGUGUUAGCUCAUACGCAAAAAGCUACUGCUAAGGAAAAGGGGUCAGAGGCUCUAGGAAGUCCAUGACUACACAAGUUGCUCUAAUAAAUUUACCUGAAAGACAGUUCUUACAUACUCAGUUGGGUGUAUUCAAGAGCUGGACAUGAUAUGUGCGAUCCCCUUAAUCAUUUGGAUGAGUCUAGGAAUUUGAUCUAGAAGAGGCACUCUAUUGGGACAAAGUCAAUACCUGUCUGUUCUGACAAACCUAGAUGCAAUCAUGUGCUCAAUUGUCCAUGGAUAUUUCUCAACAAGGUCUUGGAGGGAGUCCACCCUUUCAUACAUUCCACCUCAUUAACCACUAAUUGCACUUGUGAUCCAGACUUGACUCCACAAGAGUAUUGGAAACCAUUUGAUUCGCCCUAUCCUUGCUUCUUUCUACACUUCUUGACCUGUCCACUUCAUGAAUUUAUGUUACUUUCUAUUAAUUCUGAUUUCUGAGUAUAUGUUGAUCUUCCUCAUCAAAUUGCUGGGUAUCAACCCUGUCCCACAUAUAACCAAGAUUUGGACUUUUAAAGUCUUCUAAUUUAUCAAUUAUUUACUGAUUUAUAAUUUGUUUCAGUCUUUCAGUUUUCAACUUGUGUUUUUCUUGGCCCUUCUUAGGCUUUUUUGGGAAUUGCUAUAGCAUAUUGACCUGCCGGGUCAAAAGGCGUGCCAUAUUGCUUUUGCAUAUUAUGCAUGUGGUUUCUUGUCUUAGUUGCUUUGCUUGGUUAGUAUCUUUUAUCUUCCUAAGGCCCUUGGCCAUUGAGAGAAUUGACAGACUUUUUAUGUUAAUGUUUUUGUUUGUUUGAUUGAGACCAGUUUGCUUUUGUGAGUAUACAACAUAUUCUCUAGUUUCUUGUUGGCCAUUAUCUUUCUUCUUUACUUCACCGCUUCUCCAGGACCAUUCUUUUUUCGCUCUUCUGUAGACAGGAUUUAACAGGGGUUUUGGGUGCCAGUGGUCUUUCUGACUUUAAUUUCACUAUGGAGGAUGGUCUUGAACUUGUAGAGCAACACAUUUGUGAUCAAAUUUUUAUAAAGUAGUGCUGCGUUACUUUUCUGGAGGGACUUGCAAGUUCUUUGUCGCAUUUUGGAUUGCUGGUAAUGAUAAAGUCGAAUGACAUUCUUCGAAAGCAAACAGCUCUAAAGGUGAAUUUUCCUUUCUUUUAUAGUUUCUUCCUCGAGUUGUAAUAUAGAAUUUCUUUUUUAGCAUUCUUUUACCGCCACCUCAUGUGUAUUUUGUGAUUGGCUCUGACAAAUUAGCUGCAACAGAAUCAAAUACUCUCUAUUAUAACUUUCCAUUUGCUUUGUGGCACCAUAUCUGUCCAAUGGUGUUUAGGUAAUGUGGAACUGUGUUAUGUUUGUAUGGUUUUUUUAAUCAUGCAGUUCAACUAAAAUUUUCGUCAUGACAGGCCUUGGUCUUCAUUGCCAUUGGCCCACAUUGAUAUGGUUGACUUCUACAAACUUGGUAUUUGAGGGAAUGGAUUAGAAGUGCUUCUCUCACUCUUCUUUCUUAUGUGGUGUAACUAGUGUUCUUUGGUUUCUGCAGGGUGAAAGAAAGAUUUCACUCUGAUUUUUGUACUUCAUGUGGUGGGGGUUUACUGGUGGUACAGAAAUGAUGACCUUCUAUACCCACUUGUGAUGCUUCCUCCAAAAGCAAUACCCCCAUUUUGGCAUGCUAUAUUCACCAUUGUGGUAAAUGUUAUGGACUUGACUAUGGCAUUUUUCUUUGUUUUUCGUUUGUUCUUUUGAUAACUUGACCUACAAAAACC